AUCUCCGCCGCCACAUCAUCCACCAGUCCACGCAGUCUGAAAGCAAAAGAGCCUUUACUGUACAUGUGGGAGAGGAUAGAUAUGAAAUAAAGAUCUGCAUUGUCGCAUCACUGGGAGAUUGGGAACGCGCUGUGCUCUCUAAUGGUGCAUUCGGAUCAACCCGUGUAAUCAAGGACAUCAUCAACGCAUCUUAUCGACACAAGCCUGUAAUCGUCAUUAUUUGAUCUAAUCGGAACACUGAAGAUGCUUCAAUCCCUCACCAGUAAUUCGUGCGUGCGCUUGAUCCAGGGCAACAGAUCGGCAUGGUAUUUCUUGUUUCUGGUGCUCGGGUACAUUCUGUACCUCGUAUUCGGAGCGGUGGUGUUCUCCUCGGUGGAGCUGCCGUAUGAAGAUCUCUUGCGCCAGCAGCUCCGAGGGAUCAAACGGCAGUUCCUCCAGGAGCACGAAUGUCUGUCCGAGGAGCGGCUGGAGGUGUUCCUGGCCAAAGCGCUGGAGGCUAGCAACUAUGGAGUGUCCAUCCUCAAAAAUGCCUCGGCCAGCUGGAACUGGGACUUCACCUCCUCUCUGUUCUUUGCCAGCACUGUUUUAUCCACCACAGGAUAUGGCCACACUGCCCCUCUCUCUGAUGGUGGUAAGGCAUUCUGCAUCAUUUACUCUGUGAUCGGCAUCCCCUUCACCCUCCUCUUCCUCACGGCUGUGGUACAAAGGAUCAUGGUUUUCAGCACAUGGCGGCCAAUUAUUUAUGUGCACACUCACUGGGGUCUGUCUAAACCCCUGGUGGCCCUCGUUCAUGCGACCCUGCUGGCCAUCGUGGCAGUCUCCUGCUUCUUCCUCAUCCCGGCCGCCAUCUUCUCUACCCUCGAAGAGAACUGGAACUUUCUGGAAUCUUUCUACUUCUGCUUUAUCUCACUUUCCACCAUUGGUCUGGGCGACUAUGUACCUGGAGAGGCCUUUAACCAGAGGUUUCGUGAGCUCUACAAACUAGGCAUCACUGUCUAUCUUCUGCUCGGCCUGAUUGGCAUGCUGGUUGUGUUGGAGACCUUCUGUGAACUGCAGCAGUUGAAGCAGCUGAGAAAGAUGUUCUACCUGAAGAAGGAGAAGCCCCAGGACCGUCUGGCCAUCAUGGAACAUGAUCACCUGGCCUUUACUUCUAUGCCAGACGGUACCAUCAACUCACCCCCUGAAGACAAAACUGAGCCCUUCGGGGACUUUCCUGUCCUAACAUCUCCGGGUGGUGAUGACCCUAUGAUCAGAUAAAUGUUAGCUUUCAUUAAUAUAACCCUCAAUCAAGGGAGAUGUCUUCAGCCAAGGGGUUUCCAACAUGUGGUUUGCAAGACAGAAGUCAGGCACCUGCCACAGAAUAAUGAAAAUUAUUUGAAUAUGUUACUUGAUAUUCUGCAUACUUAACAGCCCUCUUUGAAGCAACGCUAAUCCGGCUUCCUGCAUAAUUCAUUGUGCUUACUGACACAAUAUGUGCAAAUUAUCACACACGUUUACCCUGUGAAAAAAGGAGCUUGAUAGUAGCGGUAUUCCGAUAUAUCGGCCGAUAAUUGGUCAUUAUCGAUAACUGUAUCCGCUUGGACAAUUAACAGUAGUAGUAGUAAUAUGUCUCUCAUUUAAUAUCAAUAUAUUAUAUAGACUAAAUCAGUGUUAUAACGGUCAUAUUGAUCUCUAGAUAACGGUAUCGGCCACAGGAAAACUCAUAUUGGUUGACCACUACCUGAUAAAUCAAAGAACAUACUUAAUUGCAGGCUAAAAUCUAGUAUGCUACUUGCAAAUUGGGAUAGUGGAAGCAGUAAAAAAUAACCUUGUAUUCUCAAGAUACAAACUCCAACCAAAACCCCCUUGCUCCAGACCUUCUUACCCUGAACCCUAACCUUAAAGCAGGUGUGUCAUUUAUUUGCUGUUAAAAUUAUUUCUUGUAUCAAAGCUUAAUAUGUAUAGUGCCUAUAGAAAAUCAUCAUACCCCUAUGGAAUAGUCACUUUUUUUAAAUCAAAAAUCUUUUUCCAGCUUUAUUUGCAAAUUUUGCCUUUCAAGUAACAUUCAGGUAACGUAAUAAAAAAAGAAAAAAAGCUACAAUUCCAAAAAGUUAUAAAAGAUGAAAAACUAAAACAGGGUUUGAAAAAUUACCAUAUCCCUGAAUUUAAUACUUUGUAGAGCUACAUUUUGCUUUAAUAACAGCCAUCAGUCUGUUUGAUAUAGCUCUACUAGUUUUACGCACCUAGAUUUGGGAAUAUUUGCCCAUUCUUCCUUCGAGUUUAGUCAAAUUGUAGGGUAAGCUGUGAUGGACUGUUCUCUUCAAGUCCAUCAACAGGUUUUCUAUUGGAUUUAGGUCAGGACUUUGACCUUCCUAUCCUUAAGCCACAUCCUUAAGUUUUUUGGCAGUGUGUUUAGGGACAUUUUAUUGUGCUGAAAGGCGAAUCACCUGCCCAUCUUCAGUUGUCGAGCAGAGAGCCACAGAUUUUCCUUAAGAAUUUGGGUGUACAUGGCAGCAUCCAUUUUCCCUUCAAUCCUAACCAACUGGCCAGUCCACGCUGAAGGGAAACAUACCCACAACGCUUCACAGUAGGUAUGGUAUGUUCUGGGUGGUGUGCUGUGUUUGGUGUUCUACAAAUAGAGCGCUUGGAGUUCAGUCCAAAACGUUACAUUUUAAUCUCAUCUGACCAUAAAAUCUUUUACCAUAUGGCAUCGAAAUCACAAAAUCAGAAUCCUCCAUGGUCAGAUUUUCUAUAGGCACUGUAGAGUCAACUAAGUAAGCCAUUUGUAGGUUGAUUUCACCUAAAAGUGUAACACUGUUGCUCUAUGGCACUAUCAAAACAUUCCUGUUUGCUUGAGCAGCCUGUCUAGCCCCACACAGCAACAUUGGCUCGACCAGUUUUUGUGUGACUCUUGGGCAGCACUAUCUGUUUUCUCUUGAGUUUUCUGGAAUCUGUUUGAAUACAGUGAUUUUGUUCCCCCCGCAAUUCCAUUUGGUGGCACAACAAUGACACACUUUAGCUUUAAAACCUAACCUUGACUGUCCAAUUCUACACUCUAAAUCAUGAAGUCCACUUGCCCUGAUCUAAAGCUUGGCCUAAAAGCCCCUGUCUACUAAGACCUUUGUGAAUAUGUUGUGAGGGCUCACUCAUGUAUGGUGUUGGAGACCCAUGCCAUCAAACAUAGAUGUUGCACAUCAUCUGUUGUUUUAUUUAGAUUUGUGUGAUCUAGCUUGUAAACAGCUUUAAGAGUAAGAUUUAAAAGAUAUCUGCUACUGAAGGUUAAAGACACUCUAGUUAUAUCCAGUGAAACAAUUUUGCUCCAUUACUGCAUAGAAAUGUUAAGAUAUUGGAGACUGUAAUGCACUGUACUGCAGUGUAUGCUGCAGGAAAUUUAACAAUUGUAGCGUAAGUCAAUGUAUAAUAGUGUCAGCCAGAUCAUAAUUGUGGCCAAGUUAACAUAUAUAGGUGAAAACAUAAUGUUUAACUUAAGGGGUAAUUUUAUGAUGUGUUAGAAAGGGAAAAAGCAUUUCACUGAUUGUGAAAUGCAAAGCAGCUAUGCUACACGGCAUAAUUUUCUUGUUUUAGAGAGUAAUAUUUUACCUAUUAACCUUAGUAUACAUAUUUAAAUGCCCGAGAGAGCUAGUCAAUCUCAGUUUACAUGGAUUUUUGAAUCCAGGGUUGAAAAAUGGCUACAAUGAGAUGUCAGCACAAUGCAGUUACAUACCAAAACAAGUUCGAUGAAAAUCUAGGAUUACCGAAAUUUUCAUUUGUAUCGACUAAUUGACUGUAUUACACUUGAAACAUCUAGAAAGUUAUUGAAAUGUUUGCAUUCAAAAUUUUGUAGCUUUUUAAUAAAUGCAAUGCACAAAUUGUAUUUUUGAACAUGCUUGAAGUGUUCUUUACAGAUAAAGAAUACAUUUGUAUUUGUAUUAUGAGAAUGACUGUUCUAGGCAUAGACUUAUGACUGCUGUUAAAGGUCUUAUUGGAAGAUCACACUUUACAGAAGACUGCAUUCUAUCACUGUCACAGCAGUAGAAUGUCAUGACAUUUUUAUCACAAUAGAAUAAAAGUUGAAUGUUUUAGGGACAUUUCUCUUAUUUUAAUAGCUGUUGUGUCUGUAUUUAGGUAAAAAAAAAAAAAAAUUAUUAUAUAGUGCCGUGUCUUUACACUAAUAAACAUGUUUAAAGCUCAGACAAAGGGAACUUGAAUAUGCUGAUGUGACAUUUUAUUGUGUGAAGAAUGCUAUGCUUUGUGAUGUCACUGCUGGAUUCUUUGUGCUUACUAACUGCACGAGUCUCUGUAUGGUCAUUUACAGUGUCUCAACAUUGUAUCAGUGCUGCACAGCAUCGUAUAUAUUUGUGAAUAUUUAAUAAUGUUUGUGUACAAUUGUUGUACAUUUAGUACAUGAGGGCAUAAACAUUGUCAUGAUCUUAUUUGUUUUAUUUGUGUAAAUGACUGUUGAAUAAAUGCAUUCCCAUAGAUGA